AUGCCGGUAAGAUUGUUAGCCGGCGCGGAACGAAGCGGCGCUGCAUUUCAGGAACCGUCGCCGAGGCGUCAUUACUAUCGUGAUAGAGUCGUUGUUUUGAAACGAAUUCUUUUUUGAAAGAAAAAAAACCAAACAAAGUGAAACCAUGUCUUCUAAAUACGUUAGUAUCGUUUGAAAUAUAUCAACGUCACGGUGGUGUAUGUGCGUGUAUUAACUUCAUUGUAUAAUCAUUGACAAUGACCGCGACCGUAGAGGACUACUACGACGGUUUCCGGACUUUUUCCUGGCUCGCUGAUUUUAUCGAUGUACCAGUGGACCAGGUGAAUUUUCUACUAUCUCAAAUCACAGCACUGAUAUUGGCUGGAAUUUUAAGAACGUUUCUUAGUCCAGUUGCCGUAACAGCAACAACCAGACAUGUAUUUGGUCUCAUCAUCGGCCUCAUGCUUGGAUAUUUUUGCUUCGGCAGGCAGGCGAUACAUCUUGCAGGCCUCCCCGCCAUAUGUUACGUUGUAAUGCGUACACAAAAUCCUCAUAAUAUGCAGAGGGUAGUGCUGACGGCAGCGCUUCUUUAUCUAUCUUGUGUGCACUUCCAUCGACAAAUCUAUAAUUAUGGUUCAUACACUCUUGAUAUCACUGGACCACUUAUGGUGAUAACGCAGAAAGUAACCAGCCUCGCGUUCAGCAUACACGAUGGAUUAACGCGACGUGAAGAGGAACUUACGCCAACGCAACGUCAUCAAGCCGUGAAAAAGAUUCCGACGAUGUUAGAAUAUUUCAGCUAUGUUUUCCAUUUUCAAGCAUUGAUGGCUGGACCAGUGAUAUUUUAUCGCGAUUAUAUCGAUUUCAUUCAUGGACGUAAUAUAGGUGGAACGAAAACUCUGACGGGUUACGAUAAAAAUUCCACUCAUUACGACGAAAUAGUUCUGGAGCCAUCUCCAACACCGGUUGUAAUAAAAAAGGUCAUAAUAAGCUUAUUGUUCGCAGCUUUGUUCGUGACUUUCAUCCCAUCGUACUCGAUACAAAAGCUAAAAGAGGAAAAUUUCUUAGAAAACACAACAUUGUUUUAUAAGAUGUGGUUUUUAUUAAUAACUGCUAUGCUAGCUCGUUUCAAAUAUUACCACGCAUGGAUUUUCGCAGAUGCGAUUUGCAAUAACUCUGGACUUGGUUUUAAUAAAUAUGAUAAGAAUGGUGAAGCUAAAUGGGAUUUAUAUUCCAAUGUUGAUGUUCGAGGUUUCGAGAUGGCUCUUACUUUAAGAGACAGUAUUGAACAUUGGAAUAAAGGAACCAAUAGAUGGCUUAGAUCGAUUGUGUACGAAAGGGCAAAAUACAAUAAACUUGUGUUCACAUACUCCCUUUCUGCCUUAUGGCACGGUUUUUAUCCUGGUUAUUACAUAACAUUCGCCAAUGGAGCAUUUUUCACCAUCGUGGCACGCACUGCUCGUCGUAACAUACGACCAUAUUUCUUAGGGUCCAAGAAAUUAAAGUUCCUCUACGAUGCGCUUACGUUCAUUUCAACGCGAUUAACAAUGGCCUACCUGACAUUGAGCUUUUUAAUCUUGGAAUUUAUGCCAAGUGUCAGAAUGUACCUGCAUUUAUAUCUAUUUGGACAUGUAAUCGGUUUAAUUAUACUAAUUAUUGCACCACGUCUUCCGAAAAUCUCGCACACGAAAGUAAUCGAAGUUGAAUCGAAAUCUUCUCAGGAAUUAAUCAACGGAACCGCGCGCAAAUCAAUGUGAAACUCUAUUUCGAUGUGGCCAAAAAGUGAUCAAUAAGAGAUAAAUAUUUUUUAUGAAUGUUUUAAUAUGCAUAUAAAUAUUAUGUAUAUAUUAUAUAGACGCACAUAUAUACGUACAAUAUUUAUUGUUGCGACGUGUUACUGGUACAAAUUCUAUGUCGAGAGUGUAAAAAGUAUAUUUGUUUUAUAUAAGUGAGUGAUCAUAUAUUUAUAUGAGUGUCUCGUGCGUAUAUUGAGAAAUCGACACUUAGCUGUUUUACAAUAUUGCUAACAAAGAGACAACAAACGGAUACGAUAUACUAAAUAUUAUAAUUUAAUGGAUAGUUAGAUUUUUUAAUGUUGUCAUGUUUUUUUUUUUUUUUUGUUCUUUUAUCUUUAUAACAUUUAUCGUUAGAAUAUUUAAUAGAUGAUGACAUUCUAGUAGAACGUCACAUGAUUUUUAUUCUAAGCGUUUGCAAGUAAUUUUUGCAGUUUUAUACGUUUAGUAUAUCUAAUAAUAUCAUAAAUAAUUCAAAAUAAAUUGCAAUGUUUAUUCAUGAAA